AUGUACUACAAAGCAUUUGUCUUUAGAUGGCUCAUUAUUGAUGAAAGUGAUCGGCUUUUUGAGGUUGUAGAAGGGCAGGAGAGAUGUUUCCGCAGUCAGUUGGCCGCCGUUUAUAAAGCUUGUGAUGGGAAAUUUACUAGACGUGCUUUCUUCAGUGCCACAUUUUCGUACGAAGUUGAGGAAUGGUGUAAAGAGAACCUCAAUAACGUGGCGAUGGUAUGCAUUGGAGAAAGAAAUUCUGCAAAUGCGAACGUUAAGCAGGAAUUGGUGUUUGCUGGUUCAGAGCAAGGAAAGCUUCUCGCUGUUAGAACCCUCUUGCAGACUCAGUUCGAUCCACCGGCUUUGAUAUUUGUUCAGAGGGACCACAUAGUUGAAUCAUUCCGUAACGGUCGACUGUGGGUUCUAAUUUGUACUGAAUUAAUGGGACGAGGUCUUGAUUUACGUAAUGUUAAUCUCGUUAUCAACUUUGAUCUACCAACGUCUAUUAUCAGCUAUAUACAUAGAAUCGGUCGAACUGGACGUGCUGGCCGUAAAGGUCGUGCCAUCACCUAUUUUACAGAAGCAGACACAAAAUAUCUAAGAUCAAUAGCUACAGUGAUACAUCAAGCUGGGUUCCAAGUGCCGGAGUACACGCUUAGUUUGAAACCUUUGUCCAGGUGA